AUGUGCAAACAAAGCGGUCCUGUUGGGACUGCUGUCUCCCUUGUGGUGGCCCUGAACUGCACCGAGGACCUCUUGCCUUGGCUUGCCGAAUUCAGCCAGAUGUACCAUCGUUGUCACGCCUACCUAUCCCUCAUUCUUUGCGUUCUGGGCAUAUGCAUGAAUAGCUUCAAUGUAGCUGUCCUGAUGCAAAGUCAUAUGCGCAACUCCAGCAAUCUCCUGCUCUCCAUGCUCGCGGUCUCCGAUAGCCUGGUGAUGUCCAUCUACAUUGUCUACGAUAUAAACUUUCGUAUUUCACCUCGGCUAGAGAAUGGCAUGCCUCAGCGCCUGGCCUAUGUCCUGUUGAUAUGCAUAGUCGCCCAGAAUUUGUUUCAUACCUUCUCCACAUGGACUAUUGUUGUGCUGGCUGCCUACCGUCUUGUCUACGUGCAUGCGGGUCCCCGAACACGCCGGGUUUGCAGCCGACCUCGGAUUAGGUUGGUGAUGGUGAUGGUAGCUUUCAUGUCUGUGCUUCUCACUGUUCCCUUAAUCAUAGCCCACAGGGUGACUAUUCAUCACCAGUAUUGGUCAAAGUGGGCAAACAUGAACAGCAGCAACAACGGCGGCGGAAGGGAAGCAGCAGGAGGAGGAUUAGUCAACAAUGACACUGCCAACGCCAGUGAGGCGUUCUACGAAGUGGAUUAUGUUGAUGACCCUAUCCUGCAGACCAUCCUCUUCUUCAACUCCGCCCUCCUAGUCAAGGCCGUCCCAAUUCUCCUCAUGGCGUCAAUGAGUGCGCUGCUGAUAAGAAAGAUCCAAUCAACACGACACUGUAGACAGCGGGUGAAACAACAUGACUCCAUGCGGUCGUCCAUGGUAACAACGAGUACAACCCAAAGGGAUAGCAUGUUACCACCGUUGUUGUCUAAAUACUGCCGUGGAUAUGACAUCUGUCACCAUAUUACACAGCCCACAAGGAUGCUUCUAGCUGUGGUGGUGACGUACAUAGUGGCUUAUCUUCCACAGGCAAGUCCCUCUGUCUGA